AAAGUGAUAUGAAUAUGAUAAUAAUAAAUGAUGAUAACGACAUUAGCGAUCUUGAAUCUAGCAUUUCGAAUGAAGAUAAAAUGUUUAUAUCACGAGAAAAUAGCUUUAUGAAUACUGAUGUUGGUUCAUUAUUUGAAGAUUCAAGUCAGGCAAGCUGUUUCUAUACAUUAAUUGAAGAGUCGGACCAGGAAAGCUAUUCACCUGCUGAAGAUUCGAAUAAAGAAAGUCAAAAAUCAAUUAAAAGCCAAUCAC